AGCGUCGUCUGACUGUCGUGGUCGUCACUCCGGUCACGCGCCCCGCUGUAGGCGACGCGAAAGGGGCGAGAACGGACAGACAGACGCCGAACAGGAUCGUCGACCUUAAUCAUCAAAUCAGAUAUUUUUCCUCCUUUGUUUCUAUAUUCAUCUUCCCACGCUCGGUCUCGGUCUCGGUCUCCCCCUCUCUCCCCUUGCCGGCAUUGAUCGCUUCCCUCUUUCGGGCAACUCCUUCUUCGGGCCUUGGAAGCCCAGAGAUGGCGGCGUUGACCUCCAGUCAACUUUCUCGAGCCUCGGUUCGGAGGCAUUGAUUUCCGCAGCUCCAUCGAUCUGCUCUUGACCCAAUUGUUCGAUCUUUCCUCCGCCUUUCGGCUUCGAACCGGAGGAGGAACGGGAACUCGGGUUUUUCGCUGGGGCGCGGUGAGUGGGUCGCGAUUUUUCGCUUCUGGGUCUGCGCCUCUUCGACCGAUCGUGUUGAGUUUGAACUGUGAUGAGUGCUGUUGGGCUCGGAUUGCGUUUACUGGAGUCGGCGUUGAGGUCUGCGUGUUGUGGGUACUGGAGAAUACGUCAAUGCCUCCUGUGAUCGUAAGGGCUUCGAUUUUGGGACCGGUGCCUCGUGUUUCUGGGUCGCAAAUUGGCUGAGAAACGAAAUCGGAGUUUCGGCUGAUGUAUGGUGAUCAAGAACGGAGGGAGCCACCAUAUGACCGUACCCAGGAAUCUCUUCUAGAGGAAAAUGAGAUCAACAUCCUUUGUGUACGGCUGUCUCAUCUCCGUGUUUGAAAUUUGAUUGCUUUUUCCCAUUUGCUUGCCGCAAAAUGACGUUGGACGUGAUCACUAAUGUGUCAUUGGCUCCUGCAUCCGAAGCCCUUUCUCAAAUGGUGGAGUUCAUUGUUGAAGUUGUAGUUGCUUCCAAUGAUGUUGUCGUUGAGAAGGAAAGUUUUAAGGUACUUUCUACUUACUUGGAAAGGAUUGUCCCAGUAAUUAAAGAAUUGAGUCGGAAAGAAAUCAGUAAUUCUCAAAGCUUGCACACUGCUAUCGAGAUUCUUAAUAGAGAAGUCAGCAAUGCCAAGCGACUUACGAGGGAGUGCAGCAAAAGGAGCAAAGUGUAUCUUCUAAUGAACUGCCGCAAAAUUGUGAAAAGCUUGGAGAACAGCAUAAGAGAGAUCAGUAGAGGAUUAAGCCUCCUCCCGUUGGCAUCCAUGGAUCUCUCUUCUAAUAUAAGUGAGGACAUCAAGAUUCUAUGUGACAACAUGGAGAAGGCGGAGCUUCGGGCUGCUUCAGCUGAGGAAGAGAUUCUAGAGAAAAUUGAAUCUGGAAUACAGGAUAGGACCGUCGACAGAUCCUACGCAAAUAAUUUGCUGGUUCGUAUUGCGGAGGUGGUUGGUGUAUCUACUGAGAAGACGUCCCUGAGGAGAGAAUUUGAUGAGUUCAAGAGUGAGAUUGAAAAUGCCCAGCUGCGGAAGGAUCAGGCAGAAGCGAUACAGAUGGAGCAGAUAAUUUCUUUGUUAGAAAGGGCAGAUGCUGCUUCAUCUCCUAAGGAGAGGGAGAUAAAAUACUUCACCAAGCGGAAGUCUUUGGGAACUCAACCACUGGAACCUCUCCAGUCAUUUUACUGCCCAAUCACUCGAGAUGUCAUGGUGGACCCUGUGGAGACAUCAUCUGGACAUACUUUUGAGCGAAGUGCGAUAGAAAAAUGGUUUGCAGAAGGGAAUAACAUGUGUCCUCUCACAAUGACUCCUUUAGAUGCAUCAAUUUUACGGCCAAAUAAAACUCUGCGACAAUCUAUCGAAGAAUGGAAGGACAGAAACAACAUGAUUACGAUUGCUUCCAUAAAAAAGAAGCUUGAGUCAGAUGAUGAAGAAGAAGUGUUUUGUUGCCUGGAGCAGCUACAGGAUCUCUGUGAACAAAGAGAUGUGCAUCGAGAGUGGGUAAUAAUGGAGGACUACAUACCCAUAUUGCUCGAACUUCUGCGUUCAAGAGGUCGAGAUAUUCGAGAAAUUAAAAGUCGUGUUCUCGUUAUCCUCUGCUUAGUGGCAAGGGAUACUGAUCAUGCUAAGGAAAGAAUUGCGAGUGUCGACAACGCAAUUGAAGUCAUUGUUGGUUCUCUCGGACGCCGUGAGAUGAAGUUAGCUGUAAGAUUAUUGCUAGAAUUAUCGAAAGAUAGUUCUAUAAGAGAUCGCCUGGGGAAGGUUCAAGGAUGCAUACUUCUUUUGGUGACCAUGUCAAGGGGUGAUGAUAUUCAAGCUGCAAAAGAUGCAGAAGAGCUACUGGAUAAUCUGUCCUUUUCAGAUCAGAAUGUUGUGCAGAUGGCAAAGGCAAAUUACUUCAAGUAUUUACUGCAGCGUCUUUCUUCCGGACCGGAGGAUGUCAAAAUGACCAUUGCAACAGCUUUGGCAGAAAUGGAGUUGACCGACCACAACAAGGCAUCCCUUUAUGAGGGUGGAGUGUUGGAUCCCCUCCUUCACUUGAUUGAACAUGUUGACAUUCGGGUGAAAGAAGUGGCUAUCAAGGCUCUCUACACCCUCUCGACUUUACCAAAAAAUGGGCUCCAGAUGAUAGUAGAUGGAGCAGUUGGCCCCUUACUUGAUGUUCUCUUUAAUCACAGCUCAUCAUCCUCGAGCUUGCGUGAAACUUUGGCUGCCACAAUCAUGCAACUUGCUAUAUCAACCUUGUCUCAAGAGGCAGAUCAGACACAGAGCUUGUUGUUGGAAUCGGAAGAUAUUUUCAAGCUCUUUUCAUUGACUAUAUUCUCUGGCCCGAACGUACAAGAGUGCAUUCUUCGAACUUUUCAUGCCCUGUGUCAAUCCCCUUGUGGUACUAAUGUCAGGACCAGAUUGAGGCAGUGCUCUGUUUUUCAAGCAUUGGUUCAGCUAUGUGAGCUUGAUAGGCUAAACGUCCGAGCAAAUGCUGUAAAGCUUCUCUAUUUUUUGGUUGAUGAAAGUGAUGAGGCAAUCAUCACAGAGCAUGUGGGAGAAAGGUGCGUCGAGACGUUGCUUAAGAUCAUCAGAACUUCCAAUGAUGAUGAGGAGGUUGCUUCUGCAGUUGGGAUAAUCGCCAUGCUACCAGAGGAGCCUCAAUUCACUGAAUUGCUUCAGGAUAAAGGAGCUUUCCCCGCUAUUCUCAACUUACUGCAGAUCUCUAGGCAGAACAAUUCUCAAAAGAGUAAAUUAGUGGAAAAUGCUGUCAGAGCUAUUUGUCGUUUCACUGUACCUACUAACCAGGAAAUGCAAAAGAGGGCAGCUAAAGAGGGGCUUAUUCCAUUGCUGGUGCAGUUGUUAAAAUUUGGAACUAGUUUGACGAAAAGGCGUGCCUCCUUGUGUCUUGCUCAGUUCUCAUGCAGCUCAUCUCAAUUGAGCAGGGCAAUACCGAAACGUAGAGGAUUCUUGUGCUUCUCAGCUCCUAUGGAAUCUGGUUGCUCAAUUCAUGGAGGAAUCUGUUCAGUGGAAUCAUCAUUUUGCCUCAUCGAAGCUAAUGCUGUGGAACCUCUUGUGGGGGUCCUCGAUGAGGCAGAUCUCGAAGCCUGUGAGGCUUCUUUAGAUGCAUUAUUGACAUUAAUUGAGGGCCAAAAACUGCAAAGUGGCAGUAAGGUUCUUGUGGAAGCAAAUGUGAUUCCUCCAAUGAUAAAGUUUCUUGUUUCCUCUUCCUCUAGUUUGCAGGAGAAAUCAUUAGAGGCGUUGGAAAGGAUUUUCCGGUUGCCAGAACUCAAACUGAGGUAUGGACCAUUGGCACAAAUGCCCCUAGUUGACUUGACACAGCGCGGAAGCAGCAGAAUGAAAUCUUUAGCUGCCAAAAUACUUGCUCACUUAAACGUGCUUCCUGAUCAGUCUUCUUAUUUUUAAAUGACUUGAGUCUCGGCUGUUUCAAGUGCAUAGCUGCUUUCACGAGCCAUCAAAUUGAUGACUGAGAGUGGACGUAAUCCUUUUUUUUUGUGAAGUCUAAGAUGACCGGCAGCAUAAUCUUGAAUGUUUUGCUCAAGAGGAUGUAUAUAUGGUCAUGAAUUUCAGCGAUUAUUGUGAUCUUCAAGAAUCACUGCCAUUUGGAUGUGAAGUCCUAGGUGCGAUUGGAGCUCUCAGUAUUCAAUCUGUUUGAAGUUGCAGAGUGUUACUGGCUGAAGUGGAACUGCUGUGCUAAACCCUGUACCAAUUAUCUUGAGACUAGUUAGAUUGUAAGGAAACAAAACCAGCGGAUCACUAAUUGGUAAGUUAGCCAGAAAUCAGUCAGACAUAUAGAAUAGAUUAAUUCUUUGUUGUAUAGAAUUCUUUUCUUGACAAUUGCAGCGCGCUUUGGUCAAUGCUUAAAUUCUUUGAUGGGGCAC